AAACAGCGGCUAUCUAAACUGCCCGUCUUAACCGCGUCAGCUCAAAAAUACCUUUGAAAAUCUCGCCUCCUUUUAAAUAUAAAACUCCCAUCUCUCUGCUGCCUUCGUUUGCCCCCGCUCCCAGAAAAUAAUGAACGAUUAAUCCUCCAAUCUUCUCCUAUAAUGGUCGUCCCCAUAAACCCAAAAGCGUGGCUUGCGGAUAGCCGCCACCUCGCCGUCGCCUCCUCCGCCUCCGGCACCAGCAAAAGAUCAACAAUUGGAAUCCUCGCCUUCGAAUCCGCCACCACCAUGUCGCGCCUCGUCUCCCUCCACCACACCCUCUCCGACCCCUCCCUCCGCCUCCUCCGCUCAGACACCAUGCGCUCGCCCGGCAUCGCCUACCUCACCUCCACCGACCAACACUUCCUCUUCCAUCUCGUAUUCUCCGACAUGCUUUCCGACCUCGACUCCUCCGCCGCCGCCGUUUCUCGCCUCUCCUCCCGCUGCCGAUCCCGCAAAUCCUUCUCGCUCACCUACACCCAUCUGAAAUCCGGCCGCAUCCCCAUUACUCACUCCUACUCCUCCAAAGAAAUCAACCGCCGAGUAAAGCAAAUGGAGAAAAACAUCGCCCUGGUCGCUGACCUAUUGGAAGAGAUGGAGAUACUUGACAACAUGGCGAAAAAGAAGCCACCGCCGACAGCGCUCGAGGCCCAGCUCAAAUCGCAGAGAAAGAAGGUUGCGCGGAUAAAGGAGGAAUCUUUAUGGAGCAAAACGUUUGAUGAAGUAGUAUCGCUCAUGUCCCGAUCUAUAAUAUCAAUCUUCGCCCGCAUCUGCACCGUCUUCAGCCCUUUCGUCACUGGCCUUCCCCCAGUCAUCGUCCACGGCGGCCGGUUCAGUUUCACUCCCUUCAGCUCAAGGUGUCGAAUCUAUCCUCGACUCAGCGGCCGCCAGCAUGCCUCCGGCCCGAUGGAGCGCUACCUGCCUAAAGAAGUCGCAAUUCGAAACUCAUGUCCGAUUAUAGGCCGGGGAAGAGAAACAGAGCCGAAGAUUACAAACACGGUGGGCAGAGCCGGUCUGGCUACGCGGUACGCGAACGUUGUUUUGACGGCGGAGAGAUUGCUGAGAAUGAGGUGCGGGGAACAGGAGGCGGAGGAAGGGGAGGAGGCGGCGGCUAGGGAGGAAAUUUACCGGCAGCUGCCGAUAAAUCUGCAGGGGAUGGUGAAGGGGAAGUUGAUGGAAAGGUGGAGAGAACGAGGGUUGGCUGACGUUGAGCUGGCAAAGGGAUGGAAAGAGGCGGUGGAGAGGAUACUGAGGUGGCUUGGUCCUGUGGCUAGGGACACAGUGACGUGGCAGGAGGAGAAGACUUUGGACCGGCGGCGGCGGUUGGAAGCGAGGCCGAAGAUCCUUGCGAUACAGACGUUGGAGUUUUCUGAUAAGGAGAAGACGGAAACAGCGAUUGUGGAGGUGUUAGUUGGAAUUAGUUGUAUGUGCUGGUAUGAUGGCCGGACGGCGGAGGCGGCAGCGCGGCGCGGCGGACGUAGAGAUAGAUGACAGGGGAUGUAAAGUAGAGUGUUUUUGUUAGAGAAGGAUGAUGAUUUCUUAAGCUGUAGAUAGUAGAUACUGAUUAAAUUCAUAAAGCGGGGGAUUGAGAAUUGAGAUCCUUCUAAUCCAAUUUUCUUGCAAUCAAUACCGGGAGUGAGUUUUUAUUUUUAAUUUUAAUUUUAAUUAUUUUUCUCCGGAAAGUUUUAUUAUAGGGGUAU